AUGGAAGAACCUUUAGUAAUUGAGGGACAGGUUGUGAAGCCAAUGCUGUUCCCAAGCGAAACACCAAGCGAUGCCAAGCCAAUUGUAAAAAACGAUAUAGAGAUACUGAAACCAAACGUUGCUUUUGUAUUAGAUAAUGUAUUAUCACCUUCGGAAUGUCAAUUUAUUAUUGACCAAGGAGAGGAAAUGGGUUUCGACGAUUUGAAACAUUAUACUUCAAAGUACAGAGGAAAUGUAAGAAUAUUGGUAAAGACAAAGUCUCUGAGCGAUGUGGUUCUCGAACGUAUUAGACCUUAUCUAGAACAGCGAUUGGAUAUAAAGCCAGGAUCCAAUCUUACUGGUCCUAUGAUGAGAGCUUACUAUGGUCAGUGGGAAUUGAGCGCGAUCAACGAUCUCUGGCGACUCUGUAAAUACAAUCAUCUUGGCAAGUUUGCUGCACACUACGACGGUCACUACAUUCAGGACAACGAUAACCGAUCGUAUUUGACAUUCAUGAUUUACCUGAGCGAGGGAAUCGAAGGUGGUUCCACAAGAUUCUUGGAUAACAAAUCCAACAAGAUCCUGGCAGAGGUAGUGCCAAAAGCAGGAUCGGUAUUAGUGUUCCAACACGACAUGUGGCAUGACGGUGACGUUGUAAAGAACGGUUUGAAAUACAUCAUAAGAAGCGAUGUUAUGUACAGAAGAUUAAACUCUGAAACGAAAGCACCACAAUUGGAGAGUGAGCAAACAGCACGCAAACUAUGUCAAGAAGCUAUUCUCCUAGAGAAAACAGAUCCAACAGGAGCCGCUGCCUUAUUCAGAAGAGCAUUCAAAUUGCAUCCUCCUCUUGAAGAAGAGUAUUAA